AUGCCUGGGGCAGAUGCUAAUCAGUUACAGUCGCUGAUAAAUGGAUAUACACUGUUGAUUAACUUUAAUCAGACCUGCUUUUCUGCAGAAGAAUUGGCAAACAUCUAUCGCAUUAAUAAUGAAACGGGAAUUUCACGCACAGAAUUUACAGAUAUCAGUUCAGCCCUUAUUCAGCAGUUACUGAGCGGAGCCUGUUCCAGAACUCAGCCCAAUAAACCCGUGACUGUUGAUCUCACUGUUGCAGAGAGAUACAUUUAUGGGUCAAUAGCAACAUUCAUUAUUUGCCUUUUUGCCCUAUUUGGAAUUUCUGUUUUAUUAUGCACAACAUGUAGCAGUACGUAUCAGUACGUCAUUCAGUUUUGUUUUAGCCUGGCUGUGGGAACCCUGACAGGAGAUACUGUUCUUCAUCUAAUUCCCAAGUUUCUGGGCUUCAGUGGAGUCUGUAGCAAUAUACACGACAACAUCUGUGAGGAGAAGUCAUACAUCUGGAAACUGACAGCACUUCUUGGAGGACUCUAUGUAUUUUUCAUCCUGGAGAAGUUAUAUGACAUAGUGCUUAGUGGCCAAGGACAUGAAAAGCAGGAAAAAGAAGGCCAUCACUGUGAUCAUGGCUUGGCCCUUCAGAAUUACCACAAUGAGAAGAAUUCCUCUCAGGCUGAACUAGUAAAGACUACACAGACAGAAGGGGAUGUAAACCUCCACAAAUAUACCUCCCCUGAAAAUCUACAGAUGAUGCCCUUCAUAAUCACAAUUGGUGAUGGGAUCCAUAACUUUGCUGAUGGACUAGCAAUAGGUGCUGCCUUCUCGGAAUCCUGGAGGACAGGACUUGCCACCUCAAUAGCAAUUGCCUUUCAUGAACUGCCACAUGAGCUUGGUGAUUUUGCAGCUCUGCUGCACUGUGGCAUCAGUGUGAAAAUAGCACUUAUCUUGAACUUUGGCAGUGCUCUGACAUGUUUCAUUGGCCUUUACAUAGCCCUGUCCGUCUCCGCAGAUGAAGUGGUUCAGCAAUGGAUAUUCACUUUCACCUCUGGACUGUUCCUAUAUGUAGCUCUUGUGGACAUGAUGCCAGCAAUAAUGAACGUGAAGGACAAAAGACCAUGGGUAAUGUUCGUCCUGCAUAACCUUGGACUUUUGGUGGGAUGGUCGAUCAUGCUGCUAUUCUCAAUCUUCGAGAACAAGAUUGCCAUUUGACCUUUGAUCAACAAAGGCAAGAAUCGAAGCAAACUUUUUGAAUGGUCAUCAAGGAGCCUUCCUGAAAGGGCAGAACAAUGAAAAUGUGGUGAUCCUGAUGAAGGAAAAUACUCUGCUUAUUAUAAAACAAAGUUCAGAUGCUUGCAUUUCCAUUAAUUGGUGAUGGAGAGAUCUAGCUCCCUUUGUUUUUCCCAUUUUUAUUUGUUGGGGCACUCGAUAUUAAAAUAGUUUGAUUAUUGUUGCUUUAUGCCCUGUACUCCUUUAUUCCAACUCAGACAGGGCAAUUUCUAGUUUUGUACACAGAGCUGUGAUUACAUAGCUUUUGGCUAACAUUCAUUCUCCAUUUUUUCCCAUGCAUUGACAACAGUUUCCAGCCUGAACUUGCUUGUGUUUUCUCCUCUCCCUCACACUGUGCAGAACAGCAUUGUAGGUGUUUUUUUCACUAUUACUCAAUCAGAAAAAUGUAGAAAUUUUGAGUGCUAAUUAUUCCAAACUUUGCUUGUAGCCAAGAAUAGCAUUCUAUAGUCACAGACUUGUCUGCCAAAAUGUUUUCCUUCUCAAUUGGCCAUUUAUCUAUUGUGGGAUUACAUCAGACAUCUGAAUGGCUGUUGGGCCUCUGCAUUGUUUUUUUG